AUAAAAAGAUACGAUAAUGAAGAAACAAUCAAAAAAAUGUGUGAGAAAAAUUGUCAGAAACAGAGCGGUCAUUAUGUAUGGACAUGCUGCCUUUGGGUUUGCGAUGUGAACAUUCCUUGAACUCGAAAGCUGUGGGCAAUUGAUUUGUAAGUCACUGCUGUUGUGUUCAUUUAGUGCUGAAAGUCGUCCUGUUGAAUUUUAAAAUGACCACUUAACGCUCUGCCGGGAAGGUAAUAAGGGAGCUGGUGAUCACAACAGGAAAUGCGUUUCAAUCACGGAGGCAAUAGCGGGAGGUCUUGAGUUCUACAGAGAAACUUGCAAUUCAAGUGGAACAAUCCCUCCACGCAGAGAGACACGCCAGUCACCUCUCCUCAUCAGCGCUCUGAAACGGGGCUUCUCCCGAGACUGACCCUUCCGAGCUGGCCCAGGAAAUGAUACUGCUCUCUAUUUGAACAUACACACACACACAUCUACACACACACACACACCCUAUGCACACACAUACACACAUUUUCUCAUCCCCACUGAGUCUGUGCCCCAGAGUCAACAUCUCAACCUGGCCCCAGGUCCUAGAUAUCAGGGUGUGAAAUCUGUCAGCGCGUCCCUCGCUCCCAUCCAUUCUUGGCUAUGCUCAGUGCUGCUCAGGAGCCAAGUGGAGUUCGCUUGCACUUCCUAUCAUAUGAUCAGAAGGUCUCAAUGGGUGGGUGGGGCUGUUAUAAGUGUAAUGAAACAGAAACACUGAAUGUUUUAAACUAUAACAGGAUUUUUUAAAAUAAGGCUCAUGUACUGGGCUGUGCUCCUUCGGAAUAAUAUGUUUUACUGUCAGUUUUCUAUUUUAUGUAUAACCUCUUUAUCAGGGGUAUUCAGAUCUGGCCCUCAAGGUCAGUAGUAGCUACUGCUAGUUUUCUUCUUCUGCCUGAUAGUCCAGUAAUGCCCAGAGAUUACACUCACCUGGUGCAUCAGGUUUAAAUCAGUCCCUGAUUAGAGGGGAGCUGUACUGCUCACCCCAAUGGCCAGUAAGCUUAACACUAAUGAGUAUGGCCUGCGGACAUUACUGAAUUAUUUUGUUAUCAGCACUUCCCUCCUUCCAGUGCUGCAAGGUCACUGUAGUCGCUUCCAGGCCUCUUGUUAAAUUAUCAAGGCAGUGCGGUGUGUUAAUCGUCUCUAUUAAUGUAAUUACCAUCAGCCCAGCUCCGUUGAUCUGAUCACAUUUGUAGCACUGCUAUUAGUCAGUGCUCUACUCAAUAAUAGGUACAAGCCAAUUGUAAUUGAGAGGAAAAACAUUGGCCAUAUUUUCUUUCUUGGCUGAGCAGGAUUUUAUAUAUGCUGUGAGUUUUAUGUACAGACUGUUUAUUCGCCUGCCAUUUGUAUUUAUUUUAUUUAUUGACAUUUUAGAGUCAAUAAAAUGUUAGUGUGUUCAUUUGUUCAGGGAAAAUCCAUGUGAAAAUUAUAACUAGCAUACUUAAUCUGCAUUAUACAGCAUGGGAAUGUACUUUGCCAUGAUAUAUUUUAAAACAAAAUAAGAGAUAAUGUUCAUUUUUUAACUGAAGUGAUUAUGCUUGAGCAUUCAGAUAAGGUAAAAUGAAACAUUUUCAGUAUUAUUGAGGAACAAACCCCAAAAUCCAGCGUUCCUUAUAAACGUCUUGUGGGCAUGGUCUGAUGAUAAAUUGUGUGUAAAGUAAAACCAAUUAUAAGCAUCUGUGUACCAUGAAUCAGACAAUAUCAAGUAUCAGGAUCUACAGACCGGAGUACGAGGCAUGUCAAAAGCAAGGGGCGUGUCGAAAGUAAAAAGGGAAUGUUGAAAGCAUGUUUUCUAUUGGUCGAUUAUUCCGUUAGUUACGCACAUUAUCCAGUCAAAAGCAUCCUCCAAUGAAGGCGUGUGAGAAGCCUUCUGAUAUCUUUGACCACAGUUCUGUGUUUGACUGAAGACGUGCGCCUCUGUUUCUGUCGUUUGAUGAUCUUGCAAGCAAGUGAACCUGCAAGUAAAUAAUGCAUGAACAAAAGUUGUGGUAUUUGAACAGAAGUUGCGGCAUUUGACUAAACUGUUGCAUUUAAUAUUUGAAAAUGAUGUUUAAUUGCCAGUCAAUUAUACAAUAUGUGUUUUAUUACCCAUUGUAGCAAAGUCAAAACUGUAUUAAGUGAGGCUAAAAACUUAUGAGCUAGCUAGCUAAAAGCAUCAAUACAUCAGCAUGAGAAAAAAUGGAACAUGCCUCAUAAUUUAGCUUAAAUUGCUCAUUUAAAUAUUACUGUCAUUAACGUGCUUAAUAGAAACACAUUACAGUUAAAGUCAAGACCAGUUACUGUCGACAAAACUCAUUGGUGGUACCUCCUUGCCUGUUUUGUUCAAUGACCGUAUACCGACCUAGCAAAAGGCAUACAUUUGUGACACACCUGGAGACAUAUGCUUUUUACACAACAAUGGACCUUCCAGGCUUCUGUUACAUGGACUGCUCUUACAACAGUGGCUGUAAUUUCUGAGUUGCUAUUCUUUCAGAAUUCAAAGAAGCAGCAUUACUCUCCCCAUCUCCUGGUGUGGAAAGAGGUUGAAGACAUCAGGGGCUGUAUCAUGAAGCAGGCUUGACAGGAGUUAGUUACAGUACUGAGCUAGUUGUACUGAGUAAAAACCCAGAACAUGGAGUGAAGUAAAAAGAGUUGUUCCAAUGCAAUUAUCCAGCUAACUCUGUAAUUUUGCUUUGUGAUACAGACCACUGGAGCCAUACUACUGCAAAGCCUGUUUUCUAUUAUUCUUUACAAUUUUAUGUUCAGCAAAUGUUCAUUUCCAUUAACAUGCACAAGCAAUCUUUCCUGUGAUUUACCCCCCUCAUCACUGAUGCUGAAACAAAAGCAGUGAUUGGCUGAUUACUAUAUUUGAUUUUGUACAUGUUAGGCUGCAUCUUGUCCUUCAGGUGCAAGCUCACUGAUACCCUGAUGAUUGAUAGAAAAAUGAAAAUAUUAUAAUAUUAUUUUAUUGACACAGCUUACUUCCAUUUACUCUUAACUCAGCAUGAUCCAUCUGUUCACCAUGGCAACCAGGACAACGUGUUUCGUAUUUACUCGGGUUACAUUUGUCUAAUAUUUCAGGUUGUCUAAAGAUAUGAAUUCAUUCAAUAUGAAAAAUAUGUAGUAAUAGAGCAAAUCAGGAAAGGGCCAAUUAUAUGCCACUGUAUUUACCUUAACUACACUAUGGUACUGAGGAAUGUAAAUACAAAUUAAUAUGAUCAAAUUUGUGGAAUAGUGCAUAAUACAUACUGACAGUUAUUAAGAUUUACUAAACAAGUAAAAUACAUACAGUACAAUGCUGUGAAAAAGUAUUUCCCCCCCUCCUGAUAGUUUCAGAUCUUUAGACAAUGUUUCAAGCAUCAAUUGAUUUUAUGAGUAUCAUCAAACCAAAGCAAAUUAUAAUAAAUAAAUGAAAUAAAGAGAAGUCCACCAACAUUAUAAAAAGUACAGCCCGUGAUUCUACUUCGUAAGAAGCUCUAGUAAGUUUAUGUUUUAUAUAAUGCUGAACUUACCAAAGUGUUUUUAUAUGCUGCUGAAGUAAUGUGUUAUACUGGUAAUAUGAAUACGGCUGUCAAAUUAUUAUAUUUUUGAUCAUAUGGACUAUGGGACUUUUGUUGCAUAAUUUGUCUUGAUAUGAAUGGGUUCAAAAUCAAAAGCACUAUUGAAAGAAAAUCCACUCUACAAAUUAUGCAACAAAAGAUAAUUAGGCUUAUUAGUGUGCAAUCAUUUAAUGCCAUUUCGAGGCUUUACAAGUGUAACGACAGGAAUUUUGCUUAAAUAAUGUGCUUAAAAAAAUAUUGCAAAUUGAGAUUGAUCGUUUCAGUGAAUAGAUACUAAUGUUAUUUCUCAUUAAAACGCAAAGAGUAGAAUUCGGUUAUGAUAGAAAAAUAAUACAUUUUAUUAUAGAACAUGUCAUACAACACUCUAUACACAAGGUAUUAAUCUAACAACUAGUGCUUGUAGUGAGCCCGAACGGACCAGUACACUGUAUCGGAACCUCUACGUUUUGCUCAUAUAAGUAGUUAUUUUUUACAUUAUUAUUUUUUCAUAAAUACUGAGACUUAGGGUUAUAAUUUAAAAACGGGGUUGCAUUGGUGGCUCAGUGGUAGAGCUCCUGCCUGCCAUGCCAGCGGCACGGGUUCGUAUCCCGGCCAAUGCCCCAAAACACACCCACCUAAUGCCGGUCCCAAGCCCAGAUAAAUGGGGAGGGUUGCGUCAGGAACGGCAUCCGGCGUAAAAACAUAAGCCAAAUCAAAUAUGCGGAUCUGAUCCGCUGUGGCAACCCCUAACGGGAACAGCCGAAAGAAGAAGAAGAAGAAGAAGGUGAAGGUGGUUAUAAUUUCUUAGGUUCUUGAAACAGCAGCCACUUGUCUCUCAAGGCACAUGAUCAGGAAUCUCUACAGCAGGGCUGCUCCGCCCUGUUCUUUGAGAUCUACCAUCCUGUAGGCUUUUGCUCUGACCCUAAUUUGGCACAACUGAUUUUACUAAUUAUCUCAGUGAGGUCUCUAGGGCUGCAUUCAGAAUGGCCCUUUCACUUCCUCCCAUAGGGAAAUCUACACAGAGGACUAAGUGCGUUCAUCAUUGUCUUUUUAUGCGCAAUUCAUUAUAAAAAUACUCGUUGCUGAUCAAUAAGAUACCAUUGUAUAUGCGCUGAUAUAAAUUGUAUCAUAAGUAAAUAAUGAUAUCAAACGCAUAAAACAUAUGUCCUCAAAGGCCAACCAUAUAAACAUUCUUUUCUCUGCUGAUGAAUGUUGAAGUGAGGAAGAUACGCAUGAGAUAAGCAUAAUUCAAACAGCUCUGACCCCUCCCCUCGAUCGCCCCCCUUGUUCAAGAAGGGCUUCCUCACAUAAAUGUCACAUGAUACGUUACUGGAGGUCUCACUCCAUUGGAGGGAAGAAGUGAAGGGUGAAAUGGCGACAUAGCUCAGGAGGUAAGACCGAUUGUCUGGCAGUCGGAGGGUUGCCGGUUCAAACCCCGCCCUGGGCGUGUCGAAGUGUCCUUGAGCAAGACACCUAACUGCUCUGGCGAAUGAGAGGCAUCAAUUGUAAAGCACUUUGGAGAAAAGCGCUAUAUAAAUGCAGUCCAUUUACCAUUUUAAUUUGGAUUGAGAUGCAGCCCGGGUUGUCCACAGAGUAAUCCUGCUUUGUGAUACAGGCCCCUGGUCUGAAAGCUGGAGCCAGGAGCCUAAAGCUGCAAAAUGACAAUAAAGGCAGGGAUGAUCAAUUAUUGUUAAUGUACUUCCUUACAGUUUUAAGAAUAAACAUCUUGCCACAUCCUACUCAGAUGCCAUUGUUGUAAACACAUGGGAAAGUAAGAAUGGGAAAGCACCAAGAGCUGUUUCCUCCUAGUUCACUGUAAUUUGCAACCUUUGACUCUACCUGUCCAUGUGUGUGGUACAGCAAUGAAAGGGAAGGAGCCUGAAGGCUAAGCUCCAAAUUCGAUUCAGCCAGGAAAGCAUCAGUGAGGUCAGGGACUGAUUGGGUGAUUAGACCAGGCUUUCAGCUGGCUUUCCAAUUGAUCCCGAAGGUCUUGGAUGGGGUUGAGGUUAGGACUGUGUGCAGGCCAGUCAAGUUCUUUCUCACCAUUCUUGACAAAACCAUUUAUGUAUGGACCCUUCUGUGUGCUCGUGGGCAUUGUCAUGCUGAAACAAGAAUGGGCCUAACUAUUCCCCAACUAUUGGGGGAGCACAGAAUCGUCUUGAAUGUGAUUGUAUGCUGUAGCAUUAAGAAUUGCCUUCAUUCGAACUAAGGGGCCUAGCCCAAACCAUGAAAAACAGCCACGGACCAAGAGGUUUCCAGAUACUUUUGGUCAUAUAGCGUACAUACUUUAGAUGAAUAUAAACAAUAAAAAACAUCAAUGAUGUUACUUAACUCUACAAAACAAAGUAGUUCUGGUGACUAAAGCUACAGCAACGAGCCAAACAUGGGCUGAAUGGCUCUUUCUUGUCGGUACAUUUUCUUAUGUACAAGACAGAAUAAUAGGAGGUUAUACAGUUUGUGCUUACAGUGCUUUAAAGGGCCUUGUAAGAACAAUGAAACGUGGCCUGGAGAGAGAACUCGGUGGUCCUUGAAGGACAACACGCAGCCUUUUGGGAAACCAUAAUUUGAUCCAGUGGGAUUCCAUCUUGCUCAUGAAAUGGUGGUUCUUUUCUUGUGUUGUUAUUGUUCUUUUUUUCCCAUCUGCUUAUUGGGGAUGAGCUUUGCGGGGCAUUGAUUCGGCCCAAACAAAGCCGAAGUGGGAAGCCUGAGUCGGGCGUGCUGGUGAUUAAAGACGCUCGGGUCUGGCGCGACGCCCUGCUUUUCUGCGAAUCGUCCCACGGGGGGGCCCGCCGGGGAACUGCAACUGGGAGCGCAUUUGAUUUGCAAAUACCCUGCAAUACAAAACAAAGGAAGUUGCACGUGAGAGAGGAGCGCUCUCCCCAAAGCAUCCGAGAGCACAGGGAGGCCAGCACAACGGUGUGUCCAUGGAUCUGGAGGAACAGCAGACACCUGGCAAGAACAUGUCCUCCAAACAAGACCAGACUGCAGGCGGCGCGGGUGGAGCCAGGACAGGACUUCCUGAGGAAGCAGAGAGGCAGUGGAGCAGAGCUCCCGCUGAGGGAACGGAGCCAGAGCCCAUCCCACUGAAGGAAAGGCUGGCCAUGUAUCAGGCGGCUGUCUCAAAGAAGGAGGCGGGCUCCUCUUCCGGAAUGGUUGUGGAGGAGGCCGAGGUCUGCUCCUUACCCGGAGGGCUCGCCGGCGUGAAGAAACAAUUUGAGAGCCAGGAAAUUGCGUCCUCUCACAGCACCGUCACCCAGGUCCACAUCCAGCACAGAUCGGUGCAGGAAGUGUCUAGCUCGUCAGAGGUGACCGUAAGGAGCAAAAUUAGAGAGGUGGUCCCAUCAACUCACCAGGCGGCCUUCAUUCAGGAAGAAAAGGUCUCGCACGAUCAGAGUGUUCACAAGAGCUCCGUGGCCUCCGAUUAUGCCAACCAUUACGAGGAAACUGUGAAGGUCAUUGGAGGAGAGGACUUGCCAAAGAUUUCUACUCAGGCUUUGAAGCAGCAGUUUGAAAGAGCCAUUGAAGAUGCCACCCCAAGCAAACAAAUAAAGAUUGAUGUUGAUUACAACCAGUUUCAAUGGGCUCCAGUUGUAAAUGUUUCGUCUAAAGCCUCAACAGGCAAGACGACUACAGUAUCAUCCGUGACUUCGAAAGUGGAGGAGGCAGCCUCCAGUUCUGCUUCUGCCUCUGCCGCUAUCUAUGAGAGCAUGGAAAGCCUGCCUCCACCACCCCCAGAGCUACUUCAGCCACCAUCUGAACAUUCAGAAGGUUACUCACCAGAACCUCCUGAACCAGCCCCUCCAUCCAAGCAAUCAGUCAACAAGCAGUACACCAAACAGAGGAACCUCUAUGAGCUGAAGCGCCUUUACAAGCACAUCCACCCGGAAGUCCGCAAGAACCUGGAGCGAGACUUCUUCAGUGACGUGACGGAGAUAGAGAGGACCCAGCUGGAGAGCCAAGAGGAGGUGACCGGAGACGUCCAGCAGGCCAGAUCUGUGUUUGAAAACACAGGAAGUAGUCCCAGCAAGUGUAUGAGCCCUGAGCGAGAGUACCUUGAAUGGGACGAGAUCCUUAAAGGGGAAGUACAGUCCAUGCGCUGGAUGUUUGAAAACAAACCCCUGGACACCAUUAAGGAUGAAUCGGCAGAUGAGGACGAGGUGAGGAACAUUGCUCAGCAGGAAAUAAUCGCUGGAAAUGACGUAAAGUACACGGCAUGGAUGUUUGAAACGCAGCCCAUGGACAGCUUAGGAACAGAAAACCCAGAUUCAGAACAGAAAGGCAAGUGUCCCGAGCUGGCGAGAGGAGAUGUGCGCACCGCAACUUGGCUGUUUGAAACGCAGCCAUUAGACACUCUCAACAAGGUCUACAAUGAGGAAGGGCAGACCACAGAAGUCAUCCUCACAAAUGACGUAACUCGAGGGGACGUCAAAACCGCAAGGUACCUGUUUGAAACUCAACACUUGGAUUCUCUGGGCCACACCGAGGCCACUGAUGAGACCCACUUCCUGCAGCUGAAGUCAGAGUUAGAGGAAAUCAAAGGGGAGGUGAAGACAACCACACAGAUGUUUGAGACGCAGCCAAUGUGCGUCAUCAGGGGAGACUCCGGUCAGAUGCUGGAGAUCACAACCGUCCGUAGAGAGGAAACUGAGAAAGGGGAUGUGAAGACCUCACGCUGGCUCUUUGAAACUCAGCCACUGGACAUGAUUAACAGGGAUCCCACCCAGGUGAAGGUGGUUUGCGGUGUGUCCAUGGAGGGCACCUACCAGGAUAACGUGAAAAAGGGCAGAUGGCUGUUUGAAACAAAGACUUUAGACUCCAUCAGAGAUGAAGAAUGGGAAGGCUCUACGCUGCAAAAGGAGGAGAUUAUUGGAGCGGAUGUUCGCAAGCAGUGUUGGGUGUUUGAGACUCAGCCAAUGGACACUUUGAAAGAUGAUUCAAAUGCCAGACCCAUGUCCGCUGAAGAGAUUGUAGGGGGCGAUGUGCGAGCAGCUAGACAUUUAUUUGAAACUGUCCCAAUGGAGGAUUUGAAGGAAAAUCGUGAAGUGGGAAAACUUCAAAAGCUAGUGGCAUCUGAAGAGGAAAAGGGUGAUGUGAGACAUCAGAAGUGGGUUUUUGAGAGUCAGCCACUUGAGAACAUCAGAGAAGAGAAAAAGGAAUUCAUCCGAACUGUAAAUCUAGAGGAACUGGAUAAAGGGGAUGUCUCAAACUACAAGGAAAUUUUUGAAACUAUGGAUUUGAGCAGGUGCGAUGAAAGUCAGAAAAUACAAGUUGAGGGUGUCACCAGUGGCUCUGUGAGGUCAAACAAAGUUCUUUUCGAAUCCACACCCUUGUAUGCAAUGCAAGACAGCUCUGGUCACUACCAUGAGGUAAAAACAGUGAGAAGGGAGGAAAUAGUUAAAGGCGAUGUGAGAAGCUGUAAGUGGAUGUUUGAAACACGUCCUAUUGAUCAGUUUGAUGAAAGCAUCACAAAGUUCCAGAUUAUUAAAGGAAUAUCUAAACAGGAGGUUGAGGCAGGUGAUGUUAAAACAGCCAAGUGGCUGUUUGAAACACAGCCUCUGGAUUCCAUUAAAUAUUUCAGCAAUGUUGAAGAUGAGGAGAGCGAAGUUAAGGCAGAAGUUGAAAUUGUGAAAGGUGAUGUCAAAACGUGUCAGUGGCUGUUUGAGACGCAGCAAAUGGAUACACUGUAUGAGAAAGAAAAGAAUGAGAGUGAAACUGAGGAAAUUCACAAAGGUGAUGUCAAAACCUGCACUUGGAUGUUUGAGACCCAGAACCUGGACACGAUUCGGGACGAGUCAGAAACCGUCAUUAAAACACGUACAGUGCAGCAGGAGGAUGUCCAGAGCAAAGAUGUCCGUAUGGUUCGUUUCCUUUUCGAGACAGAGAACCUGGAGAACAUCACAGGUGAAGAAGAUACUUCUUUUAAGAAAGUCACUAAUAUAGAUAUUCAAUCUGGAGAUGUAUCCAGAAUGAAGUAUAUAUUUGAGAAUCAGUCUUCUGACAUUAUGACUUCAACUUCAGAGGAAACCAUGCACAAGCUGAAAACUAUUCAGGCAGAGGACAUUCAGAGAGGAAAUGUAGUUAAUUGCAAAUGGAUGUUUGAAAAUCAACCUAUGGAUGCCAUUUGUGAGGAUUCUGAAGAACACAAGACCAUCCGGACUGUAGUAGAUGUGCAGGGGGGCAAUGUGGAAAAAGAGCGAUUCAUUUUUGAAACCACAUCUUUAGAUAAUUUUCAGAAGGAAUCCUCUGACACAGAGGUGAGCCAACUUCAAAGAAUCAUGUGUCAACAGGAGGAGAAGGGAGAUGUGAAAAACUACACCAUGAUGUUUGAGACGCAGCCUCUGUAUGCAAUUCAAGACAAAGAGGGUCAUUACCAUGAGGUCACCACUGUGACUAAGGAAGAAAUCAUGAGGGGUGAUGUAGUGGGUGCGAGGUGGCUUUUUGAGACAAAACCUCUCGACUCAAUAAAAGACACUGAUGAGGUCUAUAUAAUUAAGUCUGUCACUGAGGAAGAUAUAAAUAAAGGGGACGUGAGUUCAGCUCGGUGGAGGUUUGAAACUCAACCUCUGGACGAAAUUGCAGAGGACAUAAAAGUCUCAGUCAAAACAGUCAGUGAUGUUCAAGGGGGUGAUGUAAAGACAAACAAACAACGUUUUGAGUGCAAUGGGAUGUCACAACAACUUGUGAGAACAGUUAGUGUGAGUGAAAUCCACAAAGGCGAUGUUAAAACUGCUACGUGGAUGUUUGAAACACAUACACUGGAUAAGAUCCGCAGUGAAGACUCAGAAUACAAUGAAAUGGAAACAGUGAGAAAGGAGGAGGUCUUAAGGGGAGAUGUUAAACAGUCUGUCUGGCUAUUUGAAAAACAGCCCCUUGAUAGUAUAAAUACAACUGAGGAAACAGAUGUUGUUGUUACCCGUGAAGAGAUUCCAAAUGCAGAUGUGAAGACAACUAAAUGGCUUUUUGAAACAACCCCAGUCCAUGAGUUUAAUGAAAAAAGCAUAGAGAAGGUCGAGAUAAUUGGUAAAAGUAUUAAGGAGACGCUAGAUGAGCUAUACAGUCAGAAAAUGGUUGCAUCAAAAGGAGUACUCAUCGAGGCAGAUGAGAUUGGGGAUGUCAGAAUGGCAAAAUUCAAGCUCAUGAAUCAAGACGAGCCCCAAAUCCAGAGAGAGGAAGUCCUUAAAGGGGAUAUUAAAAACAUAAUGAUGAACCUGCUGAACAAAGGGGACUCUAUAGAGAAAGGCAUCAUUAUCAAUGAAGAAGAGAGGGGUAACAUCAACACAACAGUGAAACAGCUGUACACUCAAGAAGUGGGAAGCAUUGAGAAGGAGGAAAUCAUCAGGGGUGACAUUCAGGAAGCUAUAAACAACCUGUUUAAGGGUGAAGGGUCUGCCAAACAUGGCAUUCUUAUUCAGGAAGAUGAGAAGGGGGAUGUACGAAUGACUAUAUAUUCUCUUCUCAAUCGAAGAGAUGAAACUGUCCUUGAAAAAGAGGACAUUGUCAAAGGAAAUGUUAGAAGUACCCUGCACACGCUACUGACUGGCCCAGAUGCAGGGCAGAUGAUGAAGAUUACAGUGAGUGAUACAGAGAAGGGAAAUGUGAACUUUUAUUCCACCUGCAUCGAGUCUGGAGCUCUGGAGUACCUGAAAAACCUACAGGUUGAGCCAGAGGAUAUUCUCCCAGAAAAGGAAGAAAAGGAGAAGAUUGUUGGUGGCGACAUUAAAGCAACCAAGCUCAUCCUGAAGAACAAUCAGCUGCAAAUCGAACGCACUGUGACGGAAGACGACAUUGUCCCUGGAGAUGUGCACAACACAGUCAAGGUGUUCAUGACUGAACCUGUGGUCUCCCUGAAUAAUAUUGAGAAGGAAGACAUUGUGAGGGGAGACUUAAGAGCUACCCUGGAUUCACUAUCACAGGCCAUCAACCAAACAGUCAUGGUUGAGAAAGAGGAAGUGAUUAAAGGUGACAUAUCCACCACACUGAGGUCUCUGGAAGAGGCCAAAAAUCUGUCCAAGGAAAUUGAGAAGCCAGAGAUUGUUCCAGGUGACAUCAAAGGAGCACUGGAGUCCCUGGGGAAAUCGGCAACCACAAAAGUCGAAAUUGUCAUUGAAGAUUUAGUGCCUGGUGACAUCAAAGGCACCUUAAAAUCACUGGAGGAGGCCAAGCAACUUUCAAGAGAGAUUGAAAAAGAAGAAAUUGUCAAAGGCGAUAUUCAGACAGCAAUGCAGAGUCUGCGCGAGGCAUCCAAUGAAAAGAAGGUCUACCAGCAGCAAGUGAGUGUACAGGGAGAUGUGAGAGGCACCAUACAACUGCUGCUGGAACCACCACCUCCAUCCACUCAGCGUAGGCCUAGUACAGAGGGAGAUGUGAAAAUGUCUAUAAAAUCUCUGUACAAUGGACAGGAUCAAACCCAAAUUGAGAAGGAAGAGGUGAUAAAAGGUGACGUUCAAGGCACUAUAAAAUGCUUGCUCCAGGGGAAAGAGCACACGAGUGCUAAAACCACUGUUAAUGAUUUCAGAAAAGCUAAAGCAACAGUGAAAGCCCCAUUACUUUCUCAGCAGGAGAUCCAUGAAUGCUCAGUUGAGACUAAAACUGAGAAUGAGGCUGUGAAGCCAGCUCCUGCUGUUAAAAAUCUGUCUCAGUGCACUGAAUCACAGAACACCCUACAAAAGCACACAGCCACUAAAUCGGUGAAAAGCAAGUCUUUAGCCCAGGAGGAGCAUUCUCUCACAACACAAACCGCAGCGAUCAAUAUGGCCCGUUCUCCAGUGCAGAUAAAUGUUAAAGAACGACCACCGAAACAGAAGGUGGCCUCCCCUGCACCUGUGGUCGUAAAUAAGAAAAAUGUGAGCAAUCUGGUGACUGAAAACACAGCAACCUCAGCAGAGAUCAGCAACCAAUCGCAAAGUAGUGUAAACACAGAGCAUACACAGGAGACAAAAACAGUCAGUCAGGUGCAGACAACCGUGAUUGAGCAAAAAACUAUUACCAAAAAGCAUGAUGUUAAAACCCUGAAGACCGAGUUCCGUAAUCUUGACGUAAGCCGACAGGGUCACAUUAAGACUGGUAAAAAGAAGAUGAAACCGGAGAUACACUUCCCACCACCACCCACAUCCCCACCCCCACCAUCUGAGUCGGAAUUUCCUCUCCCUCCCCCACCUCCACCAGUCGAACCUGACCGUCAGACAUUUCCAACCCCCCCUCCACCUGACAUGAGGCAGGACAGUGACCUUCCCCCACCUCCUCCACCCCCUGUUGAAUCCCUGUCACCUGAACCAGAUCAUUUCCCUCCCCCCCCACCUCCACCCCCACCCUCAAUGGCAGGGCAGGACGUGUUGCCACCCCCACCAUCACAGCAAGAGCUGGAAUCCAUGCCUUCCCAUACACCUCACCAAUUACCUGCAGAGGCUAAAAAAAUGACAGUCAAACCAGUAAAGGCUCCUGCCUUAUAUAAAGUCCCAAAACUUGAAACAUCCAGGCAGUUCAAGCAGGAAAAAACAAUGGCACAGAAGAAGAAAAUGCCACCUCCACCGCCCCCGCAACCUUCAGUGAUGACUUCACAAACACAAAUACAGCAGGUCAUGACAGCCACGGAGGUGUUCACAGCAAGCAACACAGUGACUGAGAUAAGCAAACCAGAGGAAACCAUGAAAACAGAGAUUCAAGCUGAAUUAAAUCCACUGCCCUUGACAGAAGCUACAUCUGGGACUCCGCUGACAAAGCCUGCUCACUUAGAAUCGCCUCGCCCACCGAGGAAGGUUUUCAGCCCUCCGAAGAAACUGCCUCUGCCAACUGUUCAGUCCCCACCUGCUAAACCCAAAACUUAUGCAAGGAAAUUCAAAACACCACUAAUGAUGGCAGAGGAAAAGUACCGAAAGCAGAGAGAGGAUGAGAUUGCAGCAGAGGACAUGACCCCGACCUCACCCCCUGGUAAUGCAGACCUGCAGGUCACAGACAAUGCUGUAAUUAAAGAGGAUGUGAAAGAAGACACAAUUGAAGAGAAAUCUGAAAAGAACAUUGCCUCCAAUGUAAUUCAUGCUGAAAUGGCUCUGACUGAGGCUAAAUUAGAUGCAGAAUCUCUUCAUCCAGCUGUAUCCACAGGUCUGACUGUUAGUCAGAAAUCCGUUUCUCAAUCUUCUGGCAUUUCCUCGGCUAAACAGCACAUCACCUUCAAUCAGACUGUAGUCUCGAGGCACCAGUCCUCGUCUGUUUCUUCCACCAAGCAUCAGACAGUUUCUGCCAAAACAGAAGAAGUGAUUUCUGCUCAGUCUGACUCUUCCUCUAACAUCAAAGAUCAUCCCUCUGGAUCCACAACUCCUGAGCAACUAGAGGGCUCUUCGAAAACUGGCCCAAAAAGCCUGAUUUCUAAACAAGACAUUAUGCAAGACAUUACAAAUUUGCAAAGUCAGACUUCCGCUAGCAUCAAAACAGAAGGAGUCAAGAAAGCAGAAAGUUCAGCUGUUCAGGGACCAGGGAAGGUACCCCCACAGCCCACGAAAAUGUCUAAAGUAACUCCUAAAUUCAGAGUGAAAACCGUAAAAGUGCCAAAACUUGAGAAAAUUGAGAAUCAAGAACAAAAUAAAGACACCAAGCUGGAAGAUCAAGUUGUUGUAACGGACACUUCGGUAUUAAGUCAAAAAGAGCAAAUUGUUUCAGAGGUUCAGAAAGUGAACGUGGUUCAGGAAAGCACUGAAGUGUCUGGGGCCAUUGAGAAACACAUUGAAACUGAAGUCAAAGUAACAGAAAACAAGUUGUCUGAGAAAGCUGCACCCACAAAGGAAAAGAAGCCAGAAAAGGUAAUCCCCAAAUUUAAAGUUAAAACAGUCAAACUGCCAAAAGCUGAAAAAAUUGAAAAGCAAGAAAAAAAGAUAGAUGUCACUGUUUCAGAGACGUGUGAUGUGAAGGUGGUUCAAGAAAACAUUCAUAAGGUAGCUGGCGGUGCCCAGUCACACACAGAAAUAGAAUCCAAGGUGGAAAAAGUAGAGGAACAACAACAGGACAGUAAUCUAGAGGUCCAAAUGAAAAAGCCAAAGCAAAAACUAAAGAAGGAGAAAGAGAGACUACCAUCUCCCAUUAAAGUUGCCACUGCUCAUAAAGACACAAAGUCACUAAGUACCUUGAAGACAACACAAGAGCAGGAGGAAUUAAGAGUGCUCCCAAUGCAAAAGGCCCACCAUGAAGAGCACACCCAGGUUCAUGAAGAAGUGAUUAUUACUGAAAGUAAAGUUCGCCAGAGUUUCCAGCAGCAGGGCUCCAUUCAAGUUCAGAUGCAGGUCAAGUCUUCUCAAAAGCAGAAAGAAGAAUCCAGCAAAAAACAAAUACAAGAAAAACCAAAGGGUGAAUACAAGCAAGUUUCAGUUAAAUUGAUAGGGAAGCCAGACCAGAAAGGGGCUGUUCAGGUUGUAGCAGAGGAUACACAAAAUAGUGAAGUGCUACAGAGGCUGCUGUCUCACAUUGAAGAGCUGCAGGGCACUGCAGGAAAAAUGGACUCUAAGAAAGUAAAGACAAUGUUAAGCGAAAUCCCAGAGUGGUUAAUCAGCCCGGAGGAAAAGAACGAUUUUGAUAGAGCUGUAUUUGAGCGCAAUGUGCAGAAGCUGACAGAGAUCACAGAGUACGUGAAAAAUCUUGUACAAUCCAGGCUUUUAAUCCUAAAUGGAAACAGCACCACAGUGGAAAAACAUGUCUCUGAAAGGACGGAUGCUGCUGGGGCAAUUCCGAAGACAUGCAAAGUAAGCAUUGGAUCUGUUAAAGUUGGCACUCAAAAGAAAGUGUUAACUGAGAAAAAGAGCUCCCACGACAGCAGAAAGCAGGAGCUGGUGGAAGGAAGAGCUGUUGGUCCCAGAACACCCUCGCCCAUGAUAAGAAUGCGUUCACCGUCGCCAUCCUAUAUCACCAUUGAAUCCAUACGAAAAACUGACUCGCCCCAGAGGGUGGCACCUUCGCCUCCACCAAUGCCCCCAACUCCUCCUCCUCGCAGGUCAGAAACACCAUCCUCUCAAAUCAGCAGGGCCACGCCCUCUCCAACUUUCAGUCGUGCUGACAAGCUGGCUAAACUGAAGGACACCACUGCUAUGCUCUCUCAAAGAGCUUCCCCGCCUCCUCCUCAGCAGUCUGCUCAGUUUGUGGAAAAAAAAGCUGAAAUCGUGGAAUCACCCACGUCCUUCCAUCGACAGAUCAAAAUUGAAACAAGCGUCAUGGAGACUUCGGAAACUUCAGAUCCAUCGGCAAGCGCAUCCGUGAAGGACAAAAAGGACUUUUUUGAGGAAGCGCAAAAAGCCGAGGUGAACAAGACCUACAUGCGCAAGGAGCCCAUUAAUAUCCCUGAGCGCCUGGGUCUCGAUGUGGAGGAGAUGGAAAAGGAAGAGAAGGAAAAGGAGGAGCUCCCUAGGGUUGACCUGUCACAACUUGUUAACAAAUUUGAAUCACCUGAGCAAAAAGUUUAUGUCAGAAAAGAACCUAUUCUCAUAGCAGAGAGGCUGGGGACUGACUUGGAAGAAACUGACACUCAGGAAGACAAAAAAGUCACUCUGAUGGAGGAAAUACCCACUUUUAGCAUUAAGGCUAUUAGAACGGUGUUUGAGACUACUAAGAAAAGUUCCCAAGCCAAAGAGCAAGAUGACAAACAGGAGGCAGUGGAGCCAGACAUCAUGACAGAUGGUUCAAAACAGGCUGACUCCUCGGGGCCAGAAAAGGGCUCCAGGCUGAGCUCUCCCCUGCCUGUCCACCAUGAAGAAAAGAAAGAGGAAUCAAUUGAACCCACAGGGCUUUCUGAGACAAAGUCUGUCAGUGAGCAGUUCUCAAGCGCUGAUAAAUUUGGCAACAAGUUAAGUGGGUCAAGGAGCUCCACGACAGUCUCCAAGCAUGCAGAGAGCGUGGUGACCCGACGGGCCCCUCCCACAUAUGCAGAUGUAGUGAAAGGGAAAGUCCCUGUACUGGAUGUUCCUGCUGAGGAUUCCCCUGAGGAGCUUCUGAAGAACUUCCACAAGACCUGGACAGACAGCCAGAACGUUUUUAAGAGCCUCGGUUACACCAUCUCUGAAGAGAGAACGUCACGGGUUGUGUCACACCAGGAGCAGACCGUCAUUACUGAAAAUUCAAGUUCCAGAGUUGGACCUGUGCCAGGUGUGUCAAAAGAAGGUGUAUCCGAUGGAAUCCCUGAUAGCAGACAAACAAAACUUCCAUAAAUCCUGUUUCCGCUGUGUGCACUGCGGCAGUAAAUUAAGCCUUGGCAACUACGCCUCUCUCCAUGGACAUAUAUACUGCAAGCCACACUUCAAGCAACUCUUCAAGUCCAAAGGAAAUUAUUAUGAGGGAUUCGGACAGAAACCUCACAAGGAAUUAUGGAGCUCUAAAAACCAAAAG